AUCACAGGAGGUGUUACCGGGCAUGUGGCUUAUUCUUUUUUUUUUCUUCUGAAAAAAGGGCCUUAUUUUUUUCUCCGUCGGAUCGAUUCUGGUGCAGACAGGAGAGGAUGAGACAACUUGCUACGGUCAAUCAUAACCUUUGCAUUUUCCGCCGUCAUCAUAGCCCCGUCCAACUUUCUCGCGCCUCCCAUUCCAACAGCCAUUCAUAUGCGUGGAUCCAGAAAGCGCUCAAACAGCGAGAACACAUUCCAGAAAUACACGCCAACCUGCUCACGUCAGGUCUUUGCAGCAAUAUCUUCCUCUGCAACUGCUUGCUGAACUCUUACGCCUGCUCCGGACUUUUACCAGAUGCCCAGAAACUGUUCUCUCGAAUCGUGGGUAAAAACUUGUUUUCCUGGACAAUACUCCUCUCGGGGUUGGUGAAAAAUGGUCAAUUUGUUGAAGCCACUGAGGCUUUUCUUGAGAUGGUUGUUGAUUACGGGCUCAGGCCUAACGAGGUCACGAUUUCGAGUGUCUUGCCUGCUUUUGGGGCCUUGGGAUUGACUCUGCUGGGGAAAUCAGUCCAUUGCUACUGGCUGAGACAGAAUUUCGAGAGGAAUGUGUAUGUGGAGACAGCGUUGGUUGGCAUGUAUUCGAUGUUUGGAUGUCCGAUCAGUGCAAGAAAGGUGUUUGACAAUAUGUCCGAGAGAAACAGCAGGGUUUCCUGGAAUGCCAUGCUUUCUGCUUAUUCAGAUAACGGGUUUGGCGAGGAAGCCAUUCAGCUGUUUAGUUUGAUGAGAAGAGGGAUGGUUUCUCCUGACGCCGUAACAAUCAUGAGCUUAGUUUCAUCAUCCUUGUUGGUUUUAGAUAGCGUGCGGAUGUUAAGUGGAGUCCAGGCUUUAGCAGUAAGACUUGGAUGCGACGACGAUCGUCUCAAAACUGCUUUAAUGGAUGCAUAUACGAAACUUAGCUGUAUUUCUGACGCUCACUCUUUGUUUCUUGAACUGAGUAAGAGGGACAUAGUUGCUUGGACAUUGAUGUUAACAGGAUUUUCAAGAAUCGGAGACUGGACAAAGACCAUUCGGUACUUCAAUGUGAUGAUGGGUUCAGAUGGAAUGAUACUCCUCGAUUCUGUUUGCUUAGCAAGUAUCAUAUCUUGCUGCAGCUCUUGGGCAGCCCUUCAACAGGGCAGGCGAGUUCAUGGACUAGCAGUUAAAACUGGUUUUGAAGAUGAUGUAUUCGUCGGGUCAGCCAUUAUUGACAUGUACGCCAACUGUGCCAAGUUGAACGAUGCGAGAAGAUUUUUUGCAACGAUGGUCAGAAAGGACGAUGUCACUUGCUGGAAUGCAUUGAUUGCUGGUAAUGCGAUGCAUGGAUAUGGUAAUCAAGCAAUUGAGCUCUUCAUGAUGAUGGAGACUUCGGGUGUGACUCCAAAUGACUCAACAUUGGUCUCUGUCUUGUGUGCUUGUAGUCAUGCCAGGAUGGUUGACAAAGGCCUUCAGAUUUUUAACAGUAUGGUUGAGAGUUGGAAUAUUGUUCCCAACCAUAAGCACUAUGCAUGUGUUGUUGACCUUCUUGGUCGGGCAGGUCGGUUGAACGAUGCCUAUUCAAUGAUUGUUAGCAACCUGAAUAUGCAGCCCAGUGUUGAGGUUUAUGGCGCUUUAUUAGCUGCCUGUAAGGUUCACGGAAAUGUUGAAUUGGGGGUUCAGAUCUCAGAGAGACUCUUUGAGAUGAAUCCAGAUGAUGCAGGGUAUUAUGUGCUGCUUUCAAACAUUUAUGCCUUCCUCGGGAAUCAAAAGGGUGUAAAGAUGACUAGAUUAUUGCUUCAGUCGAAAAAUCUGAAGAAAGAACCGGGUGCAAGUUUGAUAGAGAUAAAUGGAGAAGUGUACCGGUUUAUGGCAAGUGAGAAAGAUCAUCCUCUGUAUCCUGAGAUCUAGGAGUUUCUGAAGGAAAUGGUCUUGAGAAUUGAAGCAGAAGGUUAUGUUCCUGACAUGAACUGUGUGUUUCAGGACGUAGCAGAUUUUGUUAAAAGGGACAUAUUGAAUCACCAUAGUGAGAAGUUGGCUAUUGCUUUAGGAUUGAUGAGAACAAAGACAGGUACAAUGUUGAGGGUAACAAAGAACCUUCGUACCUGCAAUGAUUGCCACUCUGCAUUCAAGUUUGUUUCCAA